ACCAGGACCAGACUGCCUUACAUUGUUAACGUUGAUUUCUCCCGUUCAGCCAGCAUUUUUGUCUUCCGUGAGCCAAACCGGGACCACAGCCUCCCACAAAACACAUGAAAUCACGGCUACGUUUGGCAGCGGGACCCACACCGGCACACGGCUCUAACAUGAGGAGGACUGCUGGCUGUAACCCUGCCCACACCGGAGGCUGCUGCUGAGGAUGGUGCCGCUGUGAAGAGCCGCUGAACCCGUUUCGGAGGACAUGCCUGCGGUCGGGGGGAAAGGAAAGAAGUGCCUGGACAACAUGACUGUUUUCAACCAAGAAAAUGUUGAGGAUUAUUACGAGAUUGGAGACGAGCUGGGGAGCGGCCAGUUUGCCGUGGUCAGAAGAUGUCGGCACAGGAUCACGGGUGUGGAGUACGCCGCCAAAUCCAUCAAGAAGCGGCGCAGCAAGUCGAGCCGACGGGGGGUGACAAGGGAUGACAUCGAGCGCGAGGUGAACAUCCUGAAGGAGAUCCAGCACCCCAACAUCAUCACGCUUCACGAGGUCUUUGAAAACAAGGCGGAGGUCAUCCUGAUCCUGGAGCUCGUGGCCGGCGGUGAGCUCUUCGAUUUCCUGGCAGAGAAGGAGUCGCUGAGCGAGGAGGAGGCCACCCAGUUCCUCAAGCAGAUCCUGGAUGGAGUCUUCUACCUGCACACCAAACAAAUCGCUCACUUUGACCUCAAGCCGGAGAACAUCAUGCUGCUGAACCGCUCUGUGCCUCACCCGCGCAUCAAGCUCAUUGACUUCGGCCUGGCCCACAAGAUAGAUUUUGGCAAUGAUUUUAAAAACAUUUUUGGAACUCCAGAAUUUGUAGCUCCAGAGGUAGUCAACUAUGAACCUUUAGGCCUGGAGGCAGACAUGUGGAGUGUCGGCGUGAUAACCUACAUCCUUCUGAGUGGUGCAUCUCCUUUCCUGGGCGACAACAAGCAAGAGACUCUGGCCAACGUGUCGGCCGUUGACUACACGUUUGACGAGGAGUUCUUCAGCGGCACCAGCGUCCUGGCCAAAGACUUCAUUGCACGGCUCCUUGUCAAAGACCCCAAAAAGAGAAUGACGAUUCAGGACAGCCUCCAGCACCCUUGGAUCAAGCCAAAAGACACUCAACAAGCACUGAGCAGAAAGGAGUCAGCUGUCAACAUGGAGAAGUUCAAAAAGUUUGCAGCUCGGAGAAAAUGGAAACAAUCUGUCCGGCUGAUCUCCUUAUGCAACCGGCUGUCCCGCUCCUUCCUGUCCAGAAGCAACAUAAGUGUGGCACGCAGUGAUGACACUCUGGACGAGGAAGACUCCUUUGUGAUGAAGGCCAUCAUCCACGCCAUAAACGACGACAACGUGCCUGGUCUGCAGCACCUGCUGGGCUCCCUGAACAGUUACGACGUCAACCAGCCAAACAAGCAUGGGACUCCUCCGCUCCUGAUUGCAGCCGGCUGUGGCAACAUUCAGAUCAUCGAGGUGCUGAUGAGGAAAGGUGCAGAGAUCCAGGCCCAUGACAAGAGCGGAGCCAACGCCAUCUACUACGCAGCGAGACACGGCCACGUCGAGACCCUGAAAUUCCUCCAUGAAAAGAAAUGCCCUCUGGAUGUUCAAGAUAAGUCUGGGGAAACUGCUCUUCAUGUGGCGGCUCGCUAUGGCAACGUGGAUGUGGUGAGCUACCUGUGCAGCAUCCGAGCCAACCCAGACCUGGCUGACAGGGAGCAGGAGACCCCUCUGCAUUGCGCUGCAUGGCAUGGAUACUCGCCAGUAGCCAGAGCGCUCUGCCAGGCUGGCUGCCAUGUGGACGCAAAGAACCGUGAGGGGGAGAGUCCGCUGCUGACAGCGUCUGCUCGAGGCUUUGUGGACAUUGUGGAGUGCCUCGUGGAGCACAAGGCCGAUGUGGAGGCGACUGACAAGGACGGCCACACAGCCCUUCACCUGGCUGUGCGGAGGUGUCAGAUUGAAGUGGUCCGCUGCCUCCUCAGACACCACUGCCACCUGGACCAGCAGGAUCGCCAUGGCAACACACCGCUGCACAUUGCCUGUAAGGACGGAAACCUGCCCGUCGUCACAGCAAUCUGUAAUGCCAAGGCCAGCCUGGACCUCCCCAACAAGUAUGGCAGAACUCCCCUCCACCUGGCUGCCAACAACGGGAGCCUUGAGGUUGUCCGUCAUCUCUGUCUGGCUGGAGCUAACAUCGAUGCUGUCACCAACGAUGGGAAGACAGCAGAGGAUUUGGCUCACGCUGAUCAACACUAACUCAUUGUUUCUUUGUUGGGAAAGCUUAAAAAGGACAACCACAAACUGAGCUACAUCCAGCAGCUGCGGCCCACUCAGACCGUCCAGCCUAGAAUCAAGCUGAAGCUGUUCGGACACCCCGGAGCCGGGAAGAGCACCCUGCUGGAGUCUCUGAAAUGUGGCAUCCUGCGCAGCUUCUUCAGGAGGAAGAGGACACGCAUGACCAACACAACCCGCCACCCCAACUCCCCCGUCAACUCCAAACCUGCUGUAUCAGUGAGCAUUUCCAACCUGUACCCAGGUUGUGAGAAUGUGAGCGUGCGGAGUCGCAGCAUGAUGUUUGAGCCCAGCCUGACCAAAGGUGUCCUGGAGGUCUUCUCCCCCGUCCACAACGCUCUGUCCGCAGCUGACGAGCAGGCAACAAAGGCCAUCGACAUCCAGCACGGCAACAUCCACGGGGUUGGGGAGUUCAGCGUGUGGGAGUUUUCGGGGAACCCGGUCUAUUACUGCUCCUACGACUACUUUGCAGCCAACGAUGCCACCGCGAUCCACCUGGUCCUGUUCAGCCUGGAGGAGCCGUACGAGACCCAGCUGGGCCACAUCACAUACUGGCUGAACAUGCUGAAAGCCCUCAACCUGCCACAGGACAACAUCGCUUUCGGGGGUCGGGUCCAGCAGCCUCUCAUGGUCGUCCUGGUGGCGACACACGCCGACCUCGCUGACAUCCCCAGAGCGUUCUCUGGAGAGUUCACCUACAGCAAGGAGAAAGCGCUGCUAAAGGAAGUCAGAAACAGGUUUGGGGUCGACCUGCAGAUCAGUGACAAAGUGUUUGUGAUGGACGCCGGAGCCUCAAACUCCAAAGACGUGAAGCUGCUGCGGAAUCACCUGCAGGAGCUUCGUGCCAACAUCAUCUCUAGGUGCAGUCCCAUGACACUGCUGUCGGAGCGUUUGCUGGCCACCCUGCCGACCUGGAGGAAGCUGAGCGGACCAAACCAGCUGACGUCGUGGCAGCAGUUUGUCAGCGACGUCCAGGAGCACAUCAACCCUCUGGUCAGCCAGGAGCACCUCCGCACACUGGCCCUGCAGCUGCACAGCAUGGGGGAGAUCAACAUCAUGCAGAGUGAGACGGUGCAGGAUGUCGUUCUGCUGGAGCCCCGUUGGCUCUGCAGCAACAUCCUCGGCAAGCUGCUCUCAGUGGAGACGCCCAAGGCCAUCCACCACUACAGGGGGCGCUACAGGCUGGAGGAGGUGCAGGCUCUGGCUCCUGAGAGUGACGUGGACGAGCUGCUGCAGAUCUUGGACGCCAUGGACGUCUGUGCCCGUGACACCACCAACCCUUCCAUGGUAGAUGUUCCCGCCCUCAUCAAGACGAAUGGCCUCCACCGCUCCUGGACCGAAGAAGAGGAGGAGGAGUCACUCCUGUACGGCGGAGUACGACUCGUCCCCGCGGAGCACCUGACCCCCUUCCCUUGUGGCCUGUUUCAUAAACUGCAGGUGAACCUGUGUCGCUGGAGUCACCAGCAGAAGCCUGAGGAGGAGGGCGGGGAGGAUUUCGAUGGAGAUAUCCACCUGUGGACCAACGGAGCCAAGGUGAGCCAGGGAGCAGUGGAGGCCAUGAUCCUGCUGGUCAACCACGGCCAGGGGUUGGAGAUUCAGGUGCGUGGGCACGACUCAGAGCGGGCCAAGUGUUACACCCUGUUGGAUACCAUCUGUAGUAUAACAGAGAACCUGCUGGCCUCCACGCUCCCCGGACUACUCACUGCCAAAUACUACCUGAGUCCUCAGCAGCUGCGGGAGCACCACGCCCCCAUCAUGAUCUACCAACCCAAAGAUUUCUUCCGCGCUCAAGUCCAGCGGGAGACCUCGCUCACUAACACCAUGGGCGGCUACCGAGAGAGCUUUAGCAGCAUCCUGUCUUUCGGCUGCGCUGAAGUUUACCAGCAGGGGACUCUGGGAACGGACAUUCACAUAUCAGAAGUCCCCCUGUUGGCUCGCAGGAAGCUCUGCCGCAUGUUGGACCCUCCUGAUGCUCUGGGGAAAGACUGGUGCCUGCUGGCCAUGAACCUCGGCCUCACAGACUUGGUGGCCAAACACAGCAACGGGACUCCAAACGGCACCCCUGAGCUGGACUCAGCCCCGGACUCCCAGCAGGCCAUGCUGCAGCCCAGCCCGACAGCAGCACUGCUGCAAGAAUGGAGUGGGCGAGCGGACAGCACGGUGGGCGUUCUGAUGGCCAAACUGAGGGAGCUCGGUCGCCGAGAUGCCGCCGACUUCCUACUCAAAGCUUCUCCUGUUUUCAGGGUCAACAUGGAAGCAGUGGUGGGGGCCGCCAACGGCUACCCGCCCACCUGCAACGGCGGCACAUCGUACAACUCCAUCAGCUCCGUCAUAUCCCGCUGAACUGAACGGGGUCGGCUCUAUGUCCUCGCCAAACAUCACGUAGUCUGAUGUGACAUUUCCCCCGAAACAGGACUCGUGUGUGAAUGAACAUGAAGUGCAAUCGUUCAGCUGCUCGUCCCUUAAUCACCCCAUUAAGUUGGCGUAUGAACCAGAUGUUGUGCUUGUGCUCUCCACACCUGUACAGCUGACCUUCCCUUCCACCAUGAAUGUUGUGAAAGAGCUGAUUGUCCUGAGCUCCAAAGAGGAAUCCUGUGCUUUUAUUUUGUUCUUAAUCUUGUUGUGCUGCUUUUUAAUAUCCCUCCAACUCGCCUGCACACUUACUCAUCUUACAGCUUAAAGACAGAAAUUUUUAAAAACUAUCAACUCUACAUGAAGAAAUGGACGCAAUUGAAAAUGGCUGCCUCAUGUUUGGACCUCUUUCAGUGUAGGAGGCUGCCAUCUCUACUCCCUCCAUCCACCACAGUUACAUGUAAUACUAUCUCCCUUCAUGCUUCUGUUUUACUGAUGUGACAUUUGGGCCGCUCAAGCUUAGCGUUAAUAAAUUAACAGCAUUUUUCAGAGUGCCUUUGUGGCCUUCUACCUCCCUAAAGAGCACAAAUAGUCUUGUUAUUCUUAAAAAAAACAGUAGUUCUUUCCAAACAUUUGAAGAACUGUGCCUUGUUGACACUAAUAGUAAAAUUAAUUUCAAUCAAGUCUAUAGUCUGAAAAUGGAAAAGGCAGGAAAAGGUUAACGAAGAAAGAAAAACUAAUGCUCGGCUCAUGUUACAAAUAGUUUAACUGGCUACAAAACAAACAGAAAGCUGAAAUCAGAGAUCAGACUUCUGCUGUUUUCUGUUCAGUGUUUGGGAGGUGAAACACCUCACUGGAGUCAGCAUGGAGUCGAUGUGAUGCUCUGUGGGAAACAAUGCAAUUUAUGUUUAAUCGGUGCAUUUGUGGGUUCAUACAUACAGAUGAUCUUGUUGACUUAUUAUUUAUUCAUUAAUCCAACAACAGAAAUCUUUCGUUGAUUAAUUUUUGGUGACACUUUAUUGUACAGGUCUCAUAAGUUCCUAAGAAGCUUCUGAAAAGAACAGUGAUGUGGUAUGAACUAUAAUGAGACAGCGCAAUAAGACAGUUACUUGUGUGCUGUUGAAAUUUCCUUUAAAGACCUGCUAAAAUGUUAAUGACCAAAAAAGAGAUCAAAAGAUAACGAGAACUUCACUUAAUUAUGAAGCUACACUGUGACUAAAAGGACCUUUGGGUUACACUACAAGGUACGUCAUGUUUGUAAUUAAAGCUGCACUAUUCAAUAUUUUUAUGUGGACAUCCAAAGCCCUAUUACCAUACAAGAGAUAGCUGGAAAAGAAAACCAGCAAACAUUCACAUUUUGGAAGCUAGUAGCGGUGAAAAUGAAAAUUACUUGAAAGUCCCCCUUCACUAAAAUACUGACGUCUGUGGACUCCAUAAAAUCUAAGAUUCAAAUAUACGCCGGUCAAGCUUGAUUAGGUACGUCACCAAUACCAAAGCCAAACCACGUCAAUACGGGAAACGCAAAUCAACCAGGGAACACACUUCAACGUGACACCAGCAAAGUCACCUGAAACCUCCACUGGAGAGCAGACCUGUCAGUACAGAGAGCAGAGUUAGCAUUAGCAUAGUGAAAGUGUUGACAGCAAACAUGGAGAGUGUGCAGUUUUGGGAUGUCCAGACCCUGAAACUUCCAUUCACCAUCUACCAAAAACCACAUCAUAGCAGAUAUCGUAUGUUUCACAGCCAUUAACGCUGCCCUCGUCACUGCCAGUUAGCCUACAAGCUAACAAACAACAUAGAUAAAAGAUGCUAACUACACUCACCAUUCUGAUACGUCUGCUGGUCGCAGAUGUUGGUGUACAGUAGACUCAUCUGAGUCUAGCUCUGACUGAGGCUCAAAUAUGUAUUGCUGUAGCUCGUCAAUGUUUCCUCUAAUGCUAAUGCUAGCCAUCUUGACCAGGAUGAGAAAGUGCACAAGGCUUUGAAAUCAAUUUUCAUAGUGGUCAAAUAGUGGAAUUACGUCCGUCAUGUGGUGCAGUUGGGCCCAAAAAUAUUUUUUCCCAUAGUCUUGCACAGCAAAAGAGACGCCUGUGAACCAGUGGGUGUCACAAACCUAACGAAAUUACUGGUUUUACCAUCAGAAUUUGGUCCGAUAACAUUUGGAAAGUCUCAAAUUUGUUUUUUCUAAUUCCACUUGGCAGAGCGCUAAACCAGAAGCCGGCUAGGAUGGCAGAAGUCUCUAGUGUGCGUGCUCUGUGGGCCACGCAGUACUGAUCAGCUGAGUUAUUUUUCACGGCAGUUGAACCUUUUUUGGCUUCAUGCGCCACCCAUAGAUGUAUGAUAAUGACGGGAUACUGAACGCCAAGAUGGCGCCUGUUCAGUUCAAUAGAGUCACUUGCCUGGCACGUAUGCCAAAAAAAUUUCUAGCUUCUAGGUUUACUUCCGUGAUAUGCAGCCCACUGAAUAUGCACACUAGUGUUUCUCCCGCUGGCCCUACCUGUGAAUUCCCCCUUUGCUCAUAGACUUCACAUUGUGAUGACGCCAAAGAUUUUCGUUUUUCUCGGCUCAAGGAAAGUUUUACAAAUAUAAAACCUUCAUGGAUUAGAAUUUCAUUAUAGACAGAGUCAUAAUUGACCUUGUUUGCAGUGUGAGGUGUCCUGUCAACAGUUUAAUAGACGUCUCUUUUAUAAUGGUGGCCUAUGGGGGAAAUGCUUUUUGGGUGGCAGUGUUUUUUUUUGGUUUGUUUUUUUGCUGCAAUACCGCAAGUGGCCACUGGGAAAAAUUAGAAGACAGCCUGGCGCCACUGAGCAACUCACAUAGGAACGAAAGGUGCCACACCUCCCACUCUGUAUCCAGUACUCUUAAUACAUCCACGAUCUCCAUGUGCACUGCUCUUUUCCUGGUCAGCCUAGCGUGAGCAGUGGUGGUGGGCGAUCAGCCGAUUAUCAAAAUAAUUUUCAGUGGACUGAUUAUUCGACUAAUUGUGCAGCUAUAAUACUAAUCUUUGUACAGUAUACUGUGCUUUGCAGCUGGUCUACAAGAAAUCAAUGCACAUUGCCAUUUUUAUACUAACAGGAAAUCAGAAAAUGCAGCGCCAGACAUGAAUUAAAGUUUGUUUUUCCUUUAACUGUCACCAAAUAAAGAGACUGUCCUUUCCAGGAGUUUUCAAGAGUUUACAGUUAAUAUCAGUUCUUUUCUUGGAAUUUUGAGUGAACUAUGAGACCUGUAAAACAAAGUGUAACUAUAAAUGUUUUCACUUAAAAAUCUAUUUACUCAUUUUCAAUUCACCCAAAGGGACCUUGAGCCAUUUUAACAGAAACAGAAACGUUUUUUCCCCAAAGUUCAGUGUCUUAUUGAAGGAUGUUGAUCCCUCCAGCACCAAAAUUGUAUAAGGGUCACACAAAACUAAAAGAUGUUUAAAAUCCUCCUGGCAGACAGGGUGGGGCCGUACACUGAUGCUGCUCAGCUUCCUUUACUUUGAAAAGAAAGUGCCACCAAAAUGAUUAAAAAAUGACGUCAUUUUUAAGAUUUUCUACUGAGCUAAGAUGUAAUUUAAUAUAUCCAGUAAACACACCUGACACUGCAGCUUUUUAACGCUUCUUCAACAGGUUUUCUGCAUUAGUGACGUCGACAGUCACGUUACCGUCCACAGUGUCAGAUUUGUACACAGCUGCAUCGACGCCGCUUCUCUGGAGCUAAAUUUGAGCUUCUCUCGGUAUCGCUGUCAGUGUUGGUCGGCCAUGCGUGGCUUCACAUCUUCUUUCACUUUGUCUUUUUAUAUCAUGAAGCCACAGCCCGGCUCUGUCAGCAGAAGCAAAGGAAAAGAUGGCAUGAAGUUAGUAGUGUUAGCUGAGAAAGGGCCGGGACAUGUCCUUUUGUGUGAGCUGGUGUUUUAUAAUAUUUGUGACCAGAGAAAAUGCUCUUUAAAGUUAAAACUUUGUGGAUCUUUUCCAGGACGUGGUGUCUCAGUUUGAUUAAAGAUGAGCUAAUGUGCCAGAGUGCAGUAUUUCUGUGCGCUUUACUUCCCCAGUGUUAACAUCUGUUCACAGACAUAAACCUUUGAGGACUGUUUCAAAUACUUGCUUCACUAUUUUUGUCUCGGCCUGAACUUGCCAAUCCUCUCAGCAAAACUUCCAGCUGUGAUGUAAAUACUGGAGGCCUGUUUCCUCGACUUCAUCCUCACGUCUUUUCAUUUGUUAGGCACAAAUAUGUCGAUUUCAAUUUCAACAAGGCAAAAUGAAUGUACUACACAUCUCUCCUAAGAACAGAAAAACAAAGAUAUGGUGAUAAAACUCAAAACAUGAUGAAAUGAAAUGAAACGUCCCAAACUGGUUGGAAACAUGAUUUUAUUUUUCUUUGUUUUAUUGAAGCUUUUGUUGCCAAUGUCGUGUGCCUCAAACACACUUGUUCAUUCCUCUUAUUAUUGCCUUGUACAGUAUACAAGCUGGGAAGUGAUGUUUCAGAAAGGGAAGUGAAUAUUAUGUUUUUGUAAAAGCUGGGAGUCACUAUAAUAUUAUUAUUAUUAUUAUCAACUCUGUCUCCGUUUGGUGUCUUUUUUUUCUCCAGAUGGCUUUGACAGAAACAAGUGGAUUUCAAAAAGUGUCCCGAAAAGAAAAAAAAAAACAUAUUUCUGUACGAUUCUGUUCGAAGCGGAAAGACGAACUCGAUAUUUCCCCCUCGAAGGCUCCGGUCUAAUCGCUACAUUGCACACAUUGUCUUUUUGUCGCUAUUUAUGUUACAUUCUUUUAGCAUGUCUUGGAAUGCCAUGUUCUUAAUACUUCUGACACUUUAUAGUGUAAUACAUUUUAUAAUAAAUUCUUUACCUAA